AUGCAAAUAAGGAUUCAUCAGAUCGGACCUGGAAUGGUUCAGCAAAUUCAGUGUGCACAUGGUGCCAGUCAUGAAGAACGCACCAGCCCUAAAGACAAAUGUAAAAACUGCAAUGGAAGAAAAAUAGUUCGAGAGAAGAUUUUAGAAGUUCAUACUGAUAAUGGCAUGGAAGAUGGUCAGAAGCUCACAGUCCAUGGUGAAGGAAACCAAGAACCAGGACUGAAACCAGGAGACAUUAUCAUUGUGUUAGAGCAGAAGGACCAUGUUGCUUUCACACGAAGAGGAGAAGACCUUUUCAUGUGUAUGGACAUACAGCUGGUUGAAGCAUUGUGUGGCCUCCAAAAGCCAGUAUCCCCUCUUGACAACCAAACCAUAGUCAUCACCUCUCAUCCAGGUCAGACUGUCAAGCGUGGAGACAUAAAAUGUGUGCUAUAUGAAGGCAUGCCAACUUACCAUCAGCUAUAUGAAAAAGGAUGUCUAAUCAUUGAGUAUAAGGCAAACUUCCCUGAAAAUGGCUUUCUAUCGCCUGAUAAACUCUCUUUGCUGGAAAAACUCCUUCCUGAAAGGAAGGACGUAGAAGAGACUGAUGAAAUGGAUCAGGUAGAACCAGUGGACUUUGAUCCAAAUCAGGAAAGAAGGCUUUGUUAUAACUGA